AUGGCCUUCCUUCGCUUUCUCACGGCCGCUGUUCUUGCGAACGCCGCACUGGGCACCCCGGUCCCCCAAAGCGACGAUAACCCGGCGCAGUACUGUGAUGCGGCGACUACGAUCUGCUACUCUGAGUGGGUGAGCCCGGAAAACAUUGCCUACCGUGUUGCCAUCCCAGACACGGCCGUGGCAGGAAGCUUUGAUGUCCUGCUUCAGAUAGAAGCGCCGACAACCGUGGGAUGGGCCGGUCUCGCUUGGGGCGGCGUCAUGGUCAACAACCCCUUGACCAUUGCAUGGGCAAAUGAGGAUGGGGCAGUGGUUUCGAGUCGGAGCGCAACCUCCCGCUCCUAUCCUACACCGUACACCGGUGCAACCUACGCCGUGCUCCCCGGCUCCACGGCCAACAGCACUCACUGGUCCAUCACCGUCCUGGCUCAAGGCUUGAGUUCCUGGGGCAGUACCAGUCUUGAUCCUGCUGGGACGAUAUCCGUGGCAUAUGCUCAGUCAGGGACUCCUCCUACGGAACCGGCCAACAAUGCCAGCCGCUUCAGCAUUCACAACAGCCACGCUAAGUGGACACUCGAUCUUAAGGCGUCUCAAAUCGCCAACUUCGCCGAACUAGUGGCCAAUGCUUCUGCACCGUUGGCCGGGGGAGUGGGAGGUGCUUGA